AUGAUCAUCAACAAUCUCCUUAACGUACUCCAGUUUGUGGUUCUCACACCACUCUGUUCCAUCGUCAAAGCUUCUCCCAUCCAGGAUGAGCACAACCGUUUGCGUACUGGUAACACCACUGGUGGCAAAUCGCCUUUCGCACGCGCGUAUCCGAUGUACGAAGGUUGGACUCACUUGCAGCAGGCCUCGUUGCAGGACGCUUUCGAUCACGCACUUUUCAUGGCUGCGAACGUUCUGGCCUACCCUCAUCGUGACGAGAUCUAUCCUAUCUACUUCCAGGGAGAUGAGGAUUACGAAAAAGUCAUGGAUGUUUUCCGUGAGAUCGUGGGCAGGGAACCUGGAGACAUCCACGGCGCUGCAAUCUUCAAGAACAUCCUCAUCGACGGGUUGGACCGUAAAAAAAGCUGUCAGAAUGAUCCCAACAACGUUCUGGUCGCUGCGCUUCUCCCUGGCAGGGUAGACAGAACAAUCGCAAACAUCGUUUGUUGCGAAAAGUGCUGGAAUUAUCCACACAUGGAGGAUGGGAUCGACUGUGACGAUCUGGGCACAACAGUGUCCGUGAAGAUGUCAAGCCUGGGAGGUGUCAUACUCCACGAGCUCGUCCACUUCGACCCUAUGUGUGUCCCUUCCAUCGGCCAGCAAACCGAAGACAUUGCUUGGGGCCCUCUCAGCGUUCGCAAGCUCAGACAGAAUGAACCGGAAAAGGCUUGCCUCAAUGCGGACAACUACAAGUGGUAUGCUCAGCAUCUCUGGUGGACCGUGAAUUGCGACAGGAAAUUCUCAGGUCCUCGCGGUUCAAUCGACACCUACGAACCUUGGUGCGGUAUCCAAGGCUGCCAGAUCCAAUAA